UCGCUAUCGUCGCAAAACGAGCCUGUUGCAUUGGCGCACGACCUCCGAUAUAACUAAUAUCUCACGUCCUAUUUUCAAUUCAAAUGUUUUAAUUUUUAAUUUAUUUAAGUUUUGUGUUUGAAUUUAUUUUAAAAUGUCGUUUCGAGUGGUUCGCAGUUCUAAAUUCCGUCAUGUUUAUGGACAAGCAUUAAAAAGAGAGCAAUGUUAUGAUAAUAUACGAGUUAGUAAAAGUUCGUGGGAUUCAACAUUUUGUGCCGUCAAUCCAAAGUUUCUUGCGAUUAUUGUUGAAAGUGCUGGCGGUGGAGCAUUUAUUGUUUUACCUCAUAAACAGGUGGGACGAAUAGCAGCAGAUCAUCCUCUGGUAGGCGGCCACAAAGGUCCUGUUUUGGAUAUAGCUUGGUGUCCCCAUAACGAUAACGUAAUUGCAUCAGGUUCAGAAGAUUGCGUAGUAAAAGUAUGGCAUAUUCCUGACGGAGGCUUAAUUAAAACGCUAACAGAACCAAUUGUGGACUUAGUGUAUCAUCAACGACGUGUUGGUCUUGUAUUAUGGCACCCAACAGCUCAAAAUGUGCUCCUAACCGCCGGAUCAGAUAAUAAAUGUUUAAUAUGGAAUGUAGCAACAGGAGAAAUUAUGAUAAAUAUAGAUUGUCAUCCAGAUAUUGUUUAUAGUGCCUGUUGGAAUUGGGAUGGUUCAAAAUUAUUAACGACAUGUAAAGAUAAAAAAAUUCGAUUAAUCGAUCCACGAACGGGUAUUGUAGAAAGUGAUGCGGUCGCCCAUGAAGGUUCAAAAGCAACUCGUGCAAUAUUUUUACGACAUGGUUUAGUAUUUACGACAGGUUUUUCUAAAAUGUCUGAAAGACAAUAUUCAUUACGUACCCCAGAUGCCUUAUCCGAACCAAUUGUCAUGGUCGAAUUAGAUACAAGUAACGGAGUCAUGUUCCCAUUGUAUGAUCCGGAUACAAAUUUGGUAUAUUUAUGUGGUAAAGGUGAUUCGGUUAUACGUUAUUUUGAAAUCACUGCCGAACCACCUUUCGUUCAUUAUAUCAAUACAUUUCAAACACCGGAUCCACAACGUGGUAUUGGUAUGAUGCCAAAACGUGGAUGUGAUGUAACCGCAUGCGAAAUUGCACGAUUUUAUCGACUUAAUAAUUCUGGUUUGUGUCAGGUGAUAUCAAUGACUGUGCCUAGAAAAUCAGAACUAUUUCAGGAGGAUUUAUAUCCUGAUACAAUUGGUGAGGAUUUUUCAUUAACUGCUGAAGCAUGGGUGGGCGGUGAAGACGCUGAACCUAUUUUAAUUAGUUUACGAGACGGUUAUAAACCGUCUGUAGGAAAUAAAGCACCAACAAGUGUGAGACCUCGUUCAAAUUUAUUAGAUAAAAAAGCACCUUCAAAAGGAGGCAAAUCAGCUGGUGCUGUCACUCAAGAUGUACCUGAUAAAACUUUACAAGAAUUUGCUGACGAAAUUCGUAAACUAAAAGCCAUGAUUGUGAAACAUGAAAAUAGAAUUCGGGCAUUAGAAGCUCAAGUAGCAAUUAGUAAAACAUCUCCUGUACCACCAUCAGAGCCAACACAUCCAACUGUCGAAGACGAAGGACCAAUAGGUGAUGGUUUAGGAGUUGUUGUAACCCCAACUGAUAACCUCGCAUCUGAUGAGGAAAAAGAACAAUACUGCGUAAGAAAA